CCGAGAUGGAGAAAACUUCACCCAAACUCUUCAGUUUAUGGAUUUAUUGUGUAAUUGUAUUCUUAACUGAUGCUGGACUAGGCUCCAACAUCUGUACUUCUCGAGGAGCUAGCACAUGUCAGCAGUGCCUGGCAGUGCAUCCUACCUGUGCCUGGUGUUUUCAAGAGGAUUUUGGACAAGAUGUAGCUGGUUCCUCCCGAUGUGACCUGAAGAAGAACCUUAUAGAGGCAGGAUGCAGGAAAGAAGCUCUGGAGUAUCCCACCAGCAAAAUGCAUGUGACAGAGAACAAAGAUCUCAGUGACAAGGCCUCGGGAUCCACCACCGACGUCACCCAAAUCCAACCUCAAAGCAUGCACAUCUCUCUGAGACCCGAUGAUUCCCAGGUCUUCACACUGAAGGUCCGUCAGGUUGAGGACUACCCUGUGGACUUGUAUUAUCUGAUGGACUUGUCCUACUCCAUGAAUGACGACCUGUCUCAGCUGCGACGUCUGGGGCGAGGCCUGGCUGAAGAGAUGAGUAAAACCACCAGCAAUCUACGCAUGGGCUUUGGGGCUUUUGUGGAUAAACCCGUGUCCCCGUACAUGUACAUCUCACCUCAAGAAGCCGUGUUAAAUCCCUGUUACUCGAUCCCAUACAAAUGCCAGCCUCAGUUUGGCUACAGACACGUUCUGUCUCUGACGGAGGAGGUCAGCCGCUUUACAGAGGAAGUGAAGAAACAGAAGGUGUCUCGGAACAGGGACGCCCCAGAGGGAGGCUUUGACGCCAUUAUACAGGCAGCUGUGUGCAAGGAGAAAAUUGGUUGGAGACCAGGCGCAUCUCACUUACUGGUUUUCACCACAGAUGCCAAGACACACGUGGCACUCGAUGGGCGCCUGGCGGGCAUUGUACGACCCAAUGACGGCCAAUGUUAUGUGGGCACAGAUAACGUCUACAAUAUGUCUACAACUAUGGCCCUUGAGGGUGUGGGCAGAGGAGAGGAUGAUGCUGGUCAGGUGUUCACUUAUGUCGCAGUCUCGCUGUUCCUUUCUUUGCCAUUGCAGGUCGUUGGCUGCUUGGAGCUGAAGGAUGUCCAUUACAGUGCUCUGCUAAGUUUCCAGGUGGUCCUGGUGAGCUGGCAGGGCUGGAUGUCUGUGGAAUGUCUGCGACAUACUGGCACACUUGUGGGAACACCAGAGAGAGAAAGGGGCAAGACAAAUGCAAUAGCUGUGACUAGCCAUGUGGAAUCACUCUAUAAGAACUACAGUGAGCUGAUCCCUGGCACUGCAGUGGGCACGCUUUCCGAGGACUCUCAUAACGUCAUCCAGCUGAUUCAAGAUGCAUAUGCUAAACUGCGUUCUAAGGUUGAGCUGGAGCUCUUGAAUGUCCCGGAAGAGCUCAGUCUGACAUUUAAUGCCACAUGUCUCAAUGGAGAGGUCAUCCCUGGGCUAAGAUCUUGCUCUGGCCUCAAAAGAGGAGACACCGUGUCCUUCAGUGUAGAAGCCCGGGCCAGGGGCUGUCCUAAAGAGAAGCGCAAGACCUUCACCAUAAAAUCGGUGGGCUUCAAAGACACCUUGCAGAUCACAGUCAACUUUGAGUGUGAGUGUAAAUGCCAAGCUAAGGCGGAGCCAGACAGUCCCAUCUGUCACCACGGCAACGGCACCUACGAGUGUGGUAUCUGCCUGUGCAACCCGGGACGGUUGGGUCCUAGGUGUGAGUGUGCAGAGGGGGACUACAGCCCCACCGAGCAGGACGCCUGCACCGGGCCAGACAAAGUGGUCUGCAGUGGCCGUGGAGACUGUGUGUGCGGCCAGUGCGUGUGCCACAAUAAUGAUUUCGGCAAGGUGUGGGGGAAAAGGUGUGAGUGUGACGAUUUCAGCUGCCUGCGGUACAAAGGAGAGCUCUGCUCAGGUCAUGGCACUUGUUCCUGUGGGUUUUGCCAGUGUGAUCCAGACUGGAAGGGGGAGAACUGCAACUGUUCUACUCGUACAGACACCUGUAUGUCCAGUUUGGGGCUGUUGUGCAGCGGUCGUGGUCAGUGUGUGUGUGGGAGCUGUGAAUGCACUCAGCCCGGGGCCUACGGCUCCACCUGCGACAAAUGCCCCACCUGCCCUGAUGCCUGUACCUUGAAGAAGGACUGUGUAGAGUGUAAGCACUUCAAGAGAGGGAAACUCUUUGAUGAUGACACCUGUACUCGAAUAUGCAGAGAUGAAAUCAGAUUGGUGGAUGAUUUCGUGUUCCAUGAUAAGAAUGCAGUGAAUUGCACCUAUAAGGAUGAGGACGACUGCGUGCAAAGGUUUCAGUACCAUGAGGACAACAGUGGCAAAUCCAUCUUGUCUCUGGUCAAAGAGCCGGACUGCCCUAAAGGCCCUGAUAUCUUGGUGGUGCUCCUGUCAGUAGCUGGUGCCAUUUUGUUCUUGGGUCUGGCCGCCCUGCUUAUCUGGAAACUGCUUAUCACCAUCCAUGAUCGGCGUGAAUUUGCUAAGUUCGAGGAGGAGCGGGCAUGUGCCAAGUGGGAAACGGGCCACAACCCCCUCUACAAAGGUGCCACAUCAACAUUCACAAACAUCACAUACCGAGGCAAGGACUGACCGCAGAGAGCAGAGGAAGAAUUGGACAUCGCUAACAGACGGUGUUCAUAUUUUAAAAGGUUUAAAAGUAUUAAUUGUUUUGUAAAAUUGAAUAUGCAAAUUGAACACGAUCAGGAAGGGUUGUACAUAUUUUGUUGUUGUACAUAUGUAAAGUCAAAACUGGCAUAAUCCCUCUGUGGAAGUCUUUCUGUUUGUCACUGAAUGAAUGUUAAACUUUACAUUUGCUUCCUACACGUCUGUAUUUGUCAGCAGCACAGUGCUUGGAGAGAUAGCUUCACACUGUAGUGACACACGUCAAGCCAUUUCCUCCCUCUCCCCGCUCCGUCACUCUGUGUAGUGGCAGAUAUGAAUGAUAAAAAUCUUUCCAACUACUGAUGGCCUCUGGUAACACUGAAUCCCUCAUCAUGAGCAAGAAAUGCUCUUAAUAUAAGCUUCACUGUUGUUAUAGCUUUAUUAAUAUUAUGCAACUACUAGUGGUAGCUUUAUCACACUGGCCUUUAGUACACAAUUUUGGUAUGGGUUCACAAAUCCAAGUGCUGUAUAAAAAUGUGCGAACGUUGUCUGUCGCCAUAAUUUUUUACAAAAUGUGUGCCAAAAAUAGACAAAUUUUUAUUAUUUGUCUGGCAGAAUGACCUUAAAAGUCAAAAAGCCCUUCUCAGCUCAAGUGCAAAAAAGUAACAGUGCCCUCCAAUGGGAAAUAUAUGAACGUCUGGAUUUUGUGUUUAGGUGCUGUCAGACUCAGACCAUUUUUAGUAUGUGGUGAUUAAUAGUUAGAAAUAACAAAAUAUUUGUCAAAUUAUUUCUUUGAGAAAAAAAAUUGUGGUAUAUUUAAGGGAAAUAUCAUUACCUGUCCUAAUAUCUAGC